GGAGCAGAGCACCAUUGACAGGAGAGAGAAGCGGACCGGUCCCAUGCAUCAGUAGCAAGUGCAUACAAAGAAGCUGUAUGCAACGCUAAUCGAACGAAUAUAGGUUGCAUUUAAAUAGCGGGAACUCAUAUGCACGUAACGUUUUGAGUUUUAUUAUGGAGUCCAUACUAGAGCUCGUGAAACCACCACUGUUUUGGCUAGGUGCUUUAACUGCGGCCUGGUUCUCUGUCUGCUCCGUAUACCGACUCUUAAAUGGCCUGAAGAUAUGGAUAUUGGGUAAUGGAAGGCUGGUUUCACCCGCUAAACUUGGAAAAUGGGCAGUUGUAACCGGAGCCACAGAUGGGAUCGGGAAGGCCUAUGCGGAGGAGCUUGCACGGCGAGGCUUUUCCAUUGUGCUGGUCAGCCGCUCACAGGAGAAGCUGGAUGACGUCUCCAAAGCCAUCGAAAGUAAAUAUGGUGUUGAGACCAAAACCAUCGCUGCAGACUUUGGGUCCACUGACAUCUAUCCAAAGAUUGAGAGUGGCCUGGCUGGACUGGAGAUUGGGGUUUUAGUAAACAAUGUUGGGAUUUCCUACUCCUACCCGGAGUUCUUCCUCAACGUACCCAAUUUGGACCAAUUUAUCGACACAAUGAUUAAUGUCAACAUCACCUCUGUCUGUCAGAUGACCCGGAUUGUUCUACCCUUGAUGGCAGACAGGUCGAAAGGGGUGAUUUUAAAUAUCUCAUCUGCCAGUGGCAUGUACCCUGUCCCACUUCUCACUAUCUACUCUGCCAGCAAGGCCUUUGUGGAUUUCUUCUCUCGUGGGCUUGAAGCUGAGUACAGGAAGAAAGGCAUCAUCAUUCAGAGUGUGCUGCCGUUCUUUGUGGCGACCAAGCUGAGUAAGAUCAGGAGAGCGACGCUGGACAAGCCGUCUCCCGAGCGCUACGUGGCCGCGGCGCUCAACACCGUGGGCCUGGAGAGCCAGACCAACGGCUACCUGCCACACGCCAUCAUGGGCUGGGUCACCACCGCGCUGCUCCCUGCCACAGUGCUCAACCACUACAUGAUGGGCCUGCACCUGUCCAUGCGCGCGCGCUACCUCAAGAAGCAGAAGCAGGGCUAGGAGCCCACACAGGGCUGGACGAGACGAGGGAGGGAGGGGGAGCCCACUGGACACCCAGUGGUCAAGAGGCGGACCACCAAAGCCAUCAGCAUCACCUCCACAUCUCCUCCUCCUCUCCUCUCCUCCGCUCUAGAGGGACCAAGGACAAGUGUGUCCAUAUCAGUUAUUAAUCAGUUAAUAACAGGGGCUCCAAUGAGGUUUGUGUGAAAGUAGGAUUGAAAGGAUGAGGGUUGUUUUUUUUUUCAUGAAGUUUGUAUCAGCACUUAACUAACUUACUUUUUUUUUAAAGAAAUUACUACUGACUGAAGAAUUAAUGCUUUACAGCCAGUCCUUUUGCUAUAGAGAAAGGACCGUUGGCUGCCUGUAUCACUCACUGUAUCAGAAAAAUAAUGUGAAUUCCCAUAACAAUUCAAAUUUAACAAGAAAAAAAGCACCUACUUUGUGCAUAUUCCCUCUUGACGCAGAAGGCAAUAAAGACAAUGUCAGAAAUCUCACAUGUUUAUAACACAUAUACUGUCCACUUAACAUGUGGUGUGCUUUGUUUCGUAAAUGUGAGUUAACUUUUUUCCUCAGCUUUCAACAUAGAUGUUCUUUUUUUUUUGUCUUAUUUCAAUGCGAAGACAUUUGAAGUUCAGUGUUCAGCUCAUAUCCAUCGCAACAGUGUAGAACAGCAAGCCAAAUCUGCUCGACUCUCAGGAACCUGUUCACAAGAGCAGAUCCAGCAGGGAGAGCCGGGCAUGCCUGUCAUCUGUCUUUGAAGUGUAUUACAAAGCAAGCAUGUUUCCCCCGCCAGCAUAUUCUGGGAUUUUGGUCAUAUACAUUUCUCUGUUUCUAGUUUUAGAUGCUCUAACGUUGGGGCCUCUGUCUUUGAAUGUCUAAAUUCUCUCCAGUCAGGUUGCAUAAUGCACUCUCCUGCUGUGAUAUGCAAGGCAUUUUAUCACCACAUGGUGUUAUCAGUCCCAGUUUUAAUGGAUUGUUCUCAGAGACAUGCACUUCUCUUAGUUCACACACUACUACACACAUCUGUUUGAAAGGGAUGCUGGCGAAUCUCACUGAAAUUGGAGUCUUUUAUAUUUGUCCUGUCCGUUAAAGUAUAAUUGUUGUUUUUCCAAGAGUUGAGGGACUGCAGACAUUUGUAACAUAAUAGCAACAAUUUUCCCCAUGAAUAGUUGACAGAUACCCACUCAUUCCAAAAAUUGUGUACUGGAAACAUUGUAAUGACUAAAAUUUGUCACAAUGGAUGACCUUUAUUAAGGGUUCCCUUGAGCAGCAUUGGGAAAUUGUCUUGAAACUGAUUUUUGAGUUUCAUCUGUAUGAUGCUUCUUUACUGUAUCAGUUGAGACCCGAGUGGUGAUUAAAAGCGCUUUGGAAGUUA